AUGGCCGUUUCAACAGUAACACUUCCCUGCUUCAAACUCCAUCAUCAACCUAACCUCCUCCUCCGCUGCAACAACUCAUCUAACCAAUCACUCCUCAGAUUCCAUUUUUCACCUCCAAAACCACUCUUGAUCUCCUCACGCGACGGUUCUCGGCGAUUGAAGGUCCUGCCGGAGACCAUCACCGUCAAAUUGGAAGAGGAGGAAGAUAAAACCGUUGAUCUUAGUCCUCCUGCCCCAAUUAACACUAAGCUCUACUUUGGGAACUUGCCUUAUAAUGUAGACAGUGCAACUCUCGCAAAAAUCAUUCAAGAUUUCGCUAAUCCUGAGCUCGUCGAGGUUCUUUACAACAGAGACACAGGACAGAGUCGUGGAUUCGCUUUUGUAACCAUGAGCAAUGUCGAAGACUGCAACAUCAUUAUCGAAAACCUCGAUGGAACUGAGUAUCUUGGUCGGAAUCUGAAGGUGAACUUUGCGGAUAAACCAAAGCCUAACAAAGAACCUCUGUAUCCAGAAACAGAGUACAAGCUGUUUGUUGGUAACUUGUCGUGGACAGUCACUUCUGAGUCAUUAGCUGGAGCUUUUCGAGAGUGUGGAGAUGUGGUUGGUGCUAGAGUUGUCUAUGACGGAGAUACAGGCAAAUCUCGUGGCUAUGGCUUUGUGUGUUACUCUUCCCAAGCGGAAAUGGAAACAGCGGUUGAAUCGCUCGAUGGGUUUGAGCUGGAGGGUCGUGCGAUUCGAGUAAACCUGGCUCAAGGGAAGAAAUACUGA